AUGGCGCAGUCCAAAGCAGCAAAGCGCAAGAGAAAGGCCCAGGCCGACGCCGACGCCUCCAAUAAGGCCGGAAAGGCCGCCAAGACCAGCGCCACUGCCGCGGCGACAACGCCCUUGGAGCCCGAGACCCUCCAGGCCGUCAUUUCGAACGAGGAGCUCGACAUCACCAUCGAGACGCUGGCCACGCUGGCCCAGCACCCGUCCCUGACAAAGGCCAAGCCGUGCAAGAAGCUCCGCGCGGCAGUCUACGACUUUCGCCAGUCGUGCACCACCGGGGUCAACGCCGCCUCCGCCGAGGGGGGAGGCAACCUCACGGCCCGGGUGACGGCGGCGCUCGCCGACGAACGGUACCUCGAGGCCAGGAUCCUGCUGGCCGAGAUGCGGCUGCGCGGCCAGGAGCCCAAGCUGGGUGCCCUGUGCCGCUGGGUGCGCGACCUGGACGUCGUCACGCAGCCCAGGGGCGCGAGCAUCGACGCGCCCGACCGGCCCGCCAGGGAUAAGCAGCUGCUCGAGGUGCUCGACGCCGUCCUGCGCGUCAGCUGCCCCGUCGACGACGCCGCGGGCGCGAGGCCGCCGUCCCGGUCGUCGACCCACAUCGCCCUGCAGGACUCGUGGGAUCUGCGCCCGGCCGCCGAGCCCCCCCAUCCGGUGUACGCCUCGGUGCUGGACGGAUCCAUCCUGUCGCCGUCGCCGUCGCCGUCGUCGUCGCUCCUGCGCGUCAUCGAGACGACGCCCGGCCCUCUUCGCAAGCCGCCCAACCGCCACCCCGCCGUCCUCUACACCACGGAGCCCGGCGCCGUCGACCUGUCGGCCCGCCCUCCGUCCAUCACCCUGCACAGACACCCCAGCGUCCCGAACCUGAGCCUUGCCACCAACGUCCUCUCCCCCGAGGAGUGCAGGGCCGUCGUCGCCGCGGGCGAGAGCGCCGGCUUCCUCCCUGACGUGCCGCUCCGCGAGGACGGCGGCUCGAGCAUCCUGGCGCACAACUUUUACUGGGUCGUCGAUGCCGCUUUCCACGACAAGCUGUGGGCGCGCGUGGCGCCCCUCGUCCCCGCCUCGCUGGGCGGCCGCGCCGCCCGCGGGCUGAACCGACGCUUCCGCGUCUACCGCUACGUCCCCGGGGCGGAGUACCGGUGCCACAUUGACGGCGCGUGGCCGCCGUCGGGCAUCCUCCCCGGCGACAGGUACGUCUACGACGCGUCGCCGCCGGGCAAGAGGCAGAGCUCGCUGUUCACGUUCCUGCUGUACCUGAACGACGAGUUCGAGGGCGGCGAGACAAUGUUUUACAUGCCCGCCGCGCGCGAGGGCACGCUCAACGCGUAUCCCGUGCGUCCGGUCAUGGGCGCCGCGGCCGUGUUCCCGCACGGCGAGAGCAAGGGCGCCUUGCUGCACGAGGGGACGAGCGUGCGCAAGGGGGCCAAGUACAUCAUCAGGACGGAUAUAGAGUACGACGUUGAGCCGUCGGGGGAGUGCUGA